AUGCCGAUGCCGCUGCAAAUAGCUGAUGUUUUCAAAGCAAAUUAACAUUUAUCGCUCAAUAAUUAGUGGUCACCACUGUAAAAGAAUCAUUACCAGAACGGCUACGCUCACAGCCGAUUUAAAUAUUAACGCUUUUUUUUCUAAUUAGUAUUUGCAUGUGGUGUGUAGCGUCCGAGUGAGCCAAGAUGUUGGCUGUGUGCUUCCCCAUCCUUGUGUCUUUGGCUGUGGCAGCUCCAGGAGGCUCACGUACAUGCUAUGAUUACUGCACUUCAAAAGAAUCCAAAGCAAUAAAAAACAUUGUGCCCCUGGAGUGUAAUUGUUUGGAUUUUGUAAAUAUUGAGAUUGAGUCCGAAGUGUCGUCCACGCUCACUCUAGACGAUACCGGCGUAUACUUUGUACCGGCAGAAGUUCCAUUAAUUCAAGACGAGUUUAAUUCUCAGCCUUUCUUCAUUUCAAACCCGGGAAAGUUAUUCCCAAAAACAAAAUAUAGAAUAAAUAGAGAUUAUGACUUUUCGAAAGUGCCUCUAAACGAUCCCUUGCCUUCGCAGAGCGCACAUAUUGAAAUUUUCGAAAAGACGGAAACUUUUUCACAUACCAGAAUAGAUGAGGAAUCAGGAAAGUCACCAUUAUAUUUAGAUAUAGACGUGCAGGAUUCGGUAGAUACAGAUAGAACAGCUGAAGAGAAAUAUACCUCCAUUGAAGACUUUGAGACCACCGAAAAGGCUUUGGUUAAAUGUCUCGACUUUCAGAUUGUACAUUACACAAGGCAACAUGGAUUCAUGAAAGAGUUCCAAGAAUUCUGGGAAGCCAGAAAUUUAUACAAAUAUGAAAACUGGUCUGAUUUGGAUGUAGAGGAAAAUAUUGAAACAUGGUGUAGUGAGCCUGCUUCUAUAGUACAAAAGAGCCUCCAUGAAAUUAAACAGGGGUUACCAAAAAAAGAACCUAAUUCUAGGUCGGUUAACAACAUUGUAAAUAUUGUCAAUAAAACUGACAUAUUAAAUAAAACUAACGAAACAAUCAUGCCAGAGUUUACAGAGCCAGAAAAUACAACAUCCCCUUUCGGUUCUAAUAUCCUGUAUGACAAUGUAACUGAGUCACCUAAAACGAGUAAUAAAAGCACCGAAGCAGAUACUGUGUGGAAUAAUGUGAUGGAGACAUUCGAUACUACAUACAAUCCUAUCGUAAAGUGGGCUGCCGUCAAUAUAAAUACGUCCUCCAGUUUAAAUACGGAUUAUAUAAACGAAAUACAACAUUUAACUUUCCCUGCUGAAGCGCUGUCUGACACAACUGCGACUACCACAGACGAUGUAUUAUUAAUAGAUUAUCCGGAGAAAAUUGCAAUUGCGACGACUACUUUAUUUGCAGACAAUUUAGAUACAACUAAAACUACAUCAGUAAAACCAGAAAAUGAUUUAGACACAAUGGGUUCUGAAGAUGUUAUACAUACCUACGUCCCAGUUACAGACGUUAAGAUACUUGGUGACAAAGAUGACAUUCCGAUCUUAAAUAACAACACUACUUUGGUCCACAUUUCGACAACCCCUUUAAGUACAGAACAAUCCCUGGGAACAGAAAGUAUCAUUGAUAAAGAUAUUUUUGAUGGGGAAUCUUUAAACGAAUCCAAUACUCCACAGAGUUUAGUCACCAAUGCUUACUCCGAUCUUCGAAAUGCGUACGAGGAAAAUGAGAUGAAGAUACCGAGAAUAAUAACCAAAGAAUGUCAUAAUAAUACAAUACAGAGUAUAAUAGAUGGCAUUGAAGAGUUACCAAAUAAUGAUUUCACAGAUAAUGAGUCCGCCAUAAAGGGCCGUCUUUAUUUCGUUUCAAACAAAGAGCUUGUUCCAGUGCGUUUCGUACAAACAAAUGGUGGUAACAUCAAUUUGGGCAUAGAUGGGCCACAACUGUGUGAUAAAUUAAUCCGCAAAGCUGACAAGAAAUCAAGCUUACUGACUGCCUUAUGUGAAUAUAUACAAAGUGACAUGUAUCAAAAUAAAAACCCAUAAGACAAUA